UCCUCCAGGCCGGCUGUGCGAGCUGUAACUCGGCGUUAAACUGUCUCUCUGGCACGGGCUGGUUGGUCGGUUUGGUUGAGGGUAGCCAUGGCUCGACUCGCUGCGCUGCUGCUGCUACCGGUCCUCAUUGAAUCGGUGUUUUCCAUUUCGUUCUUUCUCCCGGUGAACUCCAGGAAGUGUCUACGGGAGGAGAUCCACAAAGACGUGCUGGUGACCGGGGAGUAUGAGAUCACCGAGCAGGCGAACACCAAGACGAACCUGAAGAUCACAGAUUCGUCCAGCCACACUCUUUACUCCAAGGAAGAUGCAGUUAAAGGGAAGUUUGCAUUCACCACAGAGGACUAUGACAUGUUUGAGGUGUGCUUUGAGAGCAAAUCACCCAUGGGGACUGGAAGAGUUCCUGACCAGCUGGUCAAUCUGGACAUGAAGCAUGGUGUGGAGGCUAAAAACUAUGAAGAGAUUGCCAAAGUGGAGAAGCUGAAGCCCCUCGAAGUCGAACUGAGGCGACUGGAGGACCUGUCAGAGUCCAUCGUCAAUGAUUUUGCUUACAUGAAGAAGAGAGAGGAGGAGAUGCGAGACACCAAUGAGUCGACCAACACCCGUGUGCUGUACUUCAGCAUAUUCUCCAUGUGCUGUCUCAUUGGGCUGGCUACAUGGCAGGUCUUCUACUUGCGGCGCUUCUUCAAGGCAAAGAAGCUGAUCGAGUAGAGCGGGUAGUUAGCUCCUAUCCCUCCGGGGGAAGCGGCCUGCCGGUCAGCCAACACAUCCCAAAAUCCACCCUCCUUGGACUAGCUUCAGCAAACAACAGCAAGUGGGGUUCAGGGGCUCAAUUUCUAGUUUUCACAGCUAAAAAGAGAAAGCGUACCAAGUUUGUCCUCUGAAAGAAAAAAAAAAAAUGAUCACCUGCUUAUUUAGUGGUUUGAAACAUUGAAAGCGCUGUAGGGAGAAAUGCACUGUGAGACAUGGGAGGUGUAUGUCACUGCAUUAGUGAGAUAUGUCCACUUCAUGGAACUUCACUUUUCUGUCUGCACUGUUUUGAAUGUUGCAGCUUACUGAAUAAGAACUUGUUCCUUCAACCAGUUGAACAGUGAUGUUUGAUUUUUGAGCUCAGUUUGAAUGGAUGUGCCAUGAGAGAAUGUCUUUUGCCCUUCUGUUAAUGUAUACAUUCUUUGCCAUGCCAAGCAAACUAGUUCCUUGGUGCCCUUUUAUCAAGUGAAGGCUAUUUGGGAAAAAAAGUGGUUUGCUGUUACUUGGAGAAACUUAGCAACCACUGAACUUAUGUGUUAUGUCACCUAAUUUGCAUACAUGUUUGGUAGCUAAAUUUAACCGUGUCUUUAGUUUGUUUUUCAUAUUGUAAAUGCUACUUAGUUGCUUCUACAGGUUUAUUUUGGGGGGUUGUGAGUUGUUAUAUAAAUUAGGUCACUUCUAUGAGCUCUUGCACGUUCUAGUUGUUUUUGAAACACCUGAACACUUUGUCACAAAUCAAAAGUAGCCAGAACCCAAGAACCUGGUCCUUAGGAAGGAGUUUGCAUCAUUAUAUAUUGUUUGUAUAUGACUAUUAGUUAUUUAACCAACCUGACCUGUAUGAUACAAUUCAUAUAUAUACUUGCAAGUUUGUCUUUCUUGAGGUUUUGACAGGAAAUGUAAUGUUGGGAAUCCAAACACUGUCUGAGCUGUCCUUUCAGUCAUGCACCCCUUUUUAUUCACACACAAGUAAAUUUGAUUAUCCUUUAGCAGUUUUCAAAAUAUCACUUCCCAAUCAAUUACAGUGCCGAUCCAUCCAGCGUGCUUCUUUUCUUUAGAAAUACUUAAGAGGUUUGGGUUACGUGAGAAUGUGGGUGGUUGCAAAUAUUCAGAUUGUUUUUGACCGGGAUUAAUUGAGGCAUCUGUCAUGGGUACAUUUUUAACAAUGAGCAUGCGCAUUGUGCGCAAUCAAUGAUUUUUAUGUUGACUGAUAAAUUUUGUAAAUUUG